GUCUCUCACACAGAGCCAGUCAGUCACCACGCAGAGGGCUGUCUCCACAAGAAGGUGUCCUCGGAGUCCACACAAUGCCACGAAAUGAUCACUUCAGUUAUCCCAAGAAGGGGCACGGCCACUCUUAUGUCACUGCCGAAGAGGCCGCAGGGAUUGGCACCCUGAUUGUGGUCCUGGGUAUUGCUCUGCUCAUCGGCUGCUGGUACUAUAGGAGACGAAGUGGAUACCGAACCUUGACGGACAAAAGACUUUAUGCUGGUACACAAAGUACCCUGAAGGAAAGAUGCCCGAGUGAUGGUCAUCAGGACAGUGGACUGUCUUUUCAAGAAAAAAAACAGCAGCCUGUGGUUCCCAACGCUCCACCUGCCUAUGAGAAGCUCUCUCCAGACCAGUGCCCACCACCAUAUUCACCCUGAGCGCCAGCAAGGGGCUGGGAAUGCGGAGAUGGUUUCCCUCACGCUUUUGCUUUAAGGCUGGCAGACGCCCGUGUUUUUCAGAAGGCUACGAACACCUCUACAUUUAACAGGCCAGUGCUAAGUUCUUGUUAGGGCAACCAGAGGAUAGUGAGGAUUGACAAGUAAUAGGACCCUGGGAAAAGUUUUAAUAAACACUUUAAUGCAUGUCAUCUGUCCCAGAAGAAAUGCUAUUAAAUCACCG